UACUGUCGSUAUUGAAAUCCUCGAUCGUCCCUCCAGCAGAUACGGUUAGUUCGGGUACCCGUUAUUUCGAAAUACUAGCGUAGACAGCGAGGCAAAGAGGCCAAUAGAGGUACACUGAAGUCAGAAGGUAGAGAUCCUMUAUCGUACUUCAACCACUGGCUGCRAGUGUGAAAGCGAACGAAGAAAAGAACAAGCAAACGAGACAGCAAUCCAUUCAUCCAUCUUGCAUAAAACCGCGAAAACCAUGAAUUUCGGAGAUGAAACCGGCAUGGAGGGCCAYGGAAUGAUGAUGGCGGAACAGCAGCAACAGCAAUACGGGAAUGACGAAAUGAUGAUGGAUGCCGAAGGAGGAGGUGGUGGUGGCUACGAAGGCGAGGACGGGAUGAUAGACAUCGACGAGGUUCCAGUCACGCAGGAAGACUCGUGGGCCGUAAUUUCUGCGUAUUUCGAAGAAAAGGGUCUCGUCCGGCAGCAGCUCGAUUCCUUCGACGAGUUCAUUCAGAACACGAUGCAGGAACUCGUCGAUUCCUCGGGAGACAUUCGGGUCUCCCCGGAACUCCAGCACAUGGUCGGAUACAACGACGACGAGGAUGCAGACGACGUCCAGUUCGGGGAGACCAAGCCCGUCUUUGAAAUCAAAUUCGGCCAGGUCUAUCUCUCGAAGCCGACCACGGUCGAAAAGGACGGAACCGUUACMAACAUGUUCCCCCACGAGGCGCGUCUACGAAACCUGACCUAUUCGGCACCUCUCUACGUGGACGUCAUGAUGAACCAGUACCGCGUUCCGCGGGAUAUCAACAUUACUGACCCGGCAGAGGACAUGGGAGAGGCCGAGUCCACGGAACAUGCCAAAAAGGAAUUUCUUGGGUACGUGCCGAUCAUGCUCAGGUCUCUUUUUUGUGUGCUCAGUGACAAGGACGAUACAGAUCUAAGCGAUCUAGGGGAGUGCAUCUAUGAUCAGGGUGGGUACUUUGUCAUUAACGGAAGCGAAAAAGUCAUUAUUGCGCAGGAACGCCUGUCCAACAACCACGUCUACGCAUUCCGAAAGAAGCAGCCCUCAAAAUUCUCCUGGGUCAUCGAGACGCGAUCRCAAGUGGAGAACUCCACCCGACCCGUUUCGACGCUGUAUCUCCAGAUGUACCAAAAGGGUGGUCGGGGAGCCAUCGAGGGAAACCAGAUUCGGUCCACCUUGCCCUACAUCCGGACCGAUGUUCCGGUGGUGAUUAUUUUCCGUGCCCUGGGAUACGUCGCCGAUCGGGAUAUUAUCGAGCACGUUGUGUACGAUCUCACCGACGGAGAAAUGAUGGACUUGUUCCGGCCCUCUCUGGAGGAAGCCUUUGUGAUUCAGCGACAGGAGGUUGCCCUGGAUUUCAUCGGACGGCGUGGAAGCGCGAGAGAUGUUACCAAGGACGAUCGUAUUCGCUAUGCCUCUGCCAUUUUGCAGAAGGARGUUCUUCCGCAUGUUGGCAUCGAAGAACAUUGCGAGACGAAAAAGGGUUUCUUCAUCGGAUAUGCCGUCCACAAGCUCCUUUCCUGCAAACUGGGACGCGCCGAAGAGGACGAUAGGGAUCACUUUGGAAAGAAGCGCCUCGAUCUAGCGGGACCUUUGCUUGGGGGACUCUUCCGAUUGCUUUUUCGAAAACUGACGCUGGACGUUCGUCGGCAUUUGCAACGAUGCCUGGACGAGGGGAAACAUUUCAACAUUGGUGCCGCUAUCAAGAGCAAUCACAUUACGGACGGUUUGAAGUACAGUCUGGCAACGGGAAAUUGGGGAGACAAGGGAGCUAGCGCUCCAAAGGCAGGUGUGUCACAGGUCCUGAAUCGACUGACCUACGCUUCGUCCUUGUCGCAUCUAAGGCGUUGCAACACGCCACUUGCCAGAACCGGGAAACAAGCAAAGCCUCGUCAGCUGCACAACACUCACUGGGGGAUGGUGUGUCCGGCCGAGACUCCGGAGGGUCAGGCCGUUGGUUUGGUUAAGAACCUAGCUCUUAUGGCCUAUAUUACAACCGGUACCGCCCAGGUCCCCGUCAUGGAAUUUUUGGAAGAAUUCAGUACAGAGAAUUUAACWGAUAUUUUGCCGUCGGUGGUCGCCGAUCCAAACACCUGCAAGAUUUUUGUCAAUGGUAAUUGGGUUGGAAUUCAUCGCGAUCCRCGUGCUUUGGUGGACACUUUCCGCUCUCUCCGACGAAUGGUUGAUAUCGAUGCGGAAGUGUCGAUUGUUCGAGACAUUGCCGCAAAGGAGGUUCGCAUCUAUACAGAUGCCGGUCGCAUCUGCCGACCCCURUACGUUGUCCAAGAACAGCAAUUGGUUAUUAAAAARCAGCAUAUUAUGCAACUUCAGGGCUUGAGUGGCGAGAAGAAGCUGACCUGGACGGAUUUGCUCAUGGAGGGUAUUGUCGAAUAUAUCGAUACAGAAGAAGAAGAAACCACCAUGGUAGCAAUGGAUCCGUUGGAUCUAGAUACUGACGAUUCCUAUUCUUCCACUUAUACUCACUGUGAAAUUCACCCAUCCAUGAUUUUGGGUGUUUGUGCCUCUAUCAUUCCCUUCCCGGAUCACAACCAGUCUCCUCGUAACACCUACCAGAGUGCUAUGGGUAAGCAAGCCAUGGGAAUCUAUGCAUCCAACUAUCAGGUCCGCAUGGAUACCAUGGCCCACGUUUUACACUACCCACAAAAGCCAUUGUGUACCACUCGGGCGAUGGAGUUUCUGCACUUUCGCGAGCUGCCGAGUGGGGUCAAUUGUUGUGUCGCUAUCAUGAUUUACACCGGAUACAACCAAGAAGAUUCCCUCAUCAUGAACCAAUCGGCUAUCGACCGAGGUCUCUUCAGAAGUUCUUACUACAGAUGCUAUAUUGAUCAGGAAAAAGCAAGUUCUGUGGGUACCAUGGGAUCUUUGAAUUCUGAAAUCUUCGAGAAGCCAUCUCAUGACAAGACCCGUGGUAUGAAACACGGUGAAUACGGGAAACUCGACGAAGACGGUUUAGUAGCACCCGGUACUCGUGUUUCAGGAGACGACAUCUUGAUUGGCAAAACAGCUCCGUUGGAUUCUACUGCCAACAUGCCCUCUCGAUACACCAAACGCGAUUGCAGUACAUCUAUGAAGGCAAACGAAAAUGGAAUUGUUGAUAACGUUCUAAUUAGUACCACCAAAGAAGGAUAUCGCUUCACCAAGGUUCGAAUCCGAAAUGUCCGUGUUCCACAGGUUGGGGAUAAGUUUGCCUCCCGUCACGGUCAAAAGGGUACCAUUGGUAUGACCUAUCGUCAAGAAGAUAUGCCUUUCACCGUGGAAGGUAUGGUGCCUGACAUUAUUGUUAAUCCUCACGCCAUUCCAUCGCGUAUGACAAUCGCCCAGCUUAUCGAAUGUUUGCUGGGCAAGGUCGUCGUUUUCCARGGAUGYGAGGGUGAUGCUACGCCCUUCACUGACGUCACAGUCGAAGAYAUCAGUACACGCCUCCAUGCUAUGGGGUAUCAAAAAUUUGGAAACGAGCAUUUAUUCCAGGGCCACACUGGGCGACCUAUGUGCGCGCGAGUCUUUUUUGGUCCCACAUUUUAUCAGCGUUUGAAGCAUUUAGUCGACGACAAGGUUCAUUCCAGAGCACGUGGUCCAGUUGCCAUGCUAACGCGCCAGCCCCUUGARGGUCGUUCCCGUGAUGGUGGCUUGCGUAUGGGAGAGAUGGAACGUGAUUGUUUGAUUACCCAUGGUUGUGCGAAUUUUAUUCGCGAUCGAUUCUUUUGUAAUUCAGAUCAAUACCGAAUCCAUAUCUGCGAACGUUGCGGUUUGACGGCUCAAGUCAAUUUGAAGAAGAUGACCUAUGAAUGUCGAACGCCUUCGUGCCACGACAAGCCCACUGCUAUUUGUCAGAUCGAAAUCCCUUAUGCUUGCAAGUUGCUCUUGCAAGAAAUGAUGUCGAUGUGUAUUAGCACAAGAAUCUACACGGAUACAAGGGUGACACGAGACAAUUCAUACUAAUUACUACAAUUAUUUAUAAAAUAAAACAWAUSAUGAUCAACACCAGUAUCUUCAGGGACAUUGAUCAUGCAGACUCGUCUUUCGCAUUUUCUAUAACCGAUGUCUUCAGAUGAUUCUGGAUAAAUCACUACCGUUSUUUAUUUUGAAAAAUUGGAUGGAGCCAAUGURCCAUCCACAAUUACCUAUGAAUAAUUUCACAUCGGCUAGUGUUAAAUUUUUUUCUUGUGAUCUUGWACUCCCACUCAACAAUCAUAUUUUCCCUACACUAUUUGGUGUUCUGACGGUCCAACAGCGGGCUCUGCMAUAGUUGCCCUUCUUCCUAUGGUAAGACUCCCACAUUCACCCAUUAAAAUCGAGAAGACAUUUUGAUCUCCGCAUCGUUGCAUUUGAUCCUCCCACCAUCGAUUUGUUARCUUUCGGUCCUGCUGACUCAUUGAUUUCAGUCGCACAGUAGCACCACUAUCAAGCAUCGAAUCAUCGACAUCAGUUAGYCCUGAAUUGCUGUUGUUAUUUGUUUUGUUACUAGUACGACCGAACAGAAUAUCUUCCCUUCCCAAUUGAGCCGGAGGGAACGGYUGCUCUGGUCUAGCUCGAGGAUUCGCUCGUAGAGCCGGCUGGAGAUAUGCCUGCUCGAAAGGAUCAUAUCCUGCAACCAAAGUGCCCAACUCGGAGUCGUGAUCGCUCGCACCRGAAUCAGGAAUAGAACCUGUGGUGUAUGUGCRAUCAUCAGUUUCAUUUGAUCGUCCAUGUGGUAGGUUGCUUUGGGAUUUUGCAGACAUCCUUUCGGCUCGUUCUUGUGCUCGUCUUUUUCUCGCCUUCUCUUCUUGACUCAGACUUAUAUCCAUCACUGUUGCAACCUCYAGAGGGAGUGUAGAGCUUGUUGGAUCGUAUCUAGCACGAGUACUGCGUAAAAAUAAGUAAGUCAUGAACAUUAGUGCGAUUGUCGCAUAAGCCUCAUGACGAGCCUCCUUCAGAAUAAAUUGACCAGUGAUUGUCAUCUGUGCUAUGAUCAAYCCGAAGAUGAAACGUCGAAAAAUUUUAGGCCAAAACAUUCCUCCACUCUCGAAGACACUUUCAUAGACAUACAAAUGAUGGUGCGUCCACAUGAUUCUCGAGAACAGGCAAAAAAGAGCACAUGGCAAUAGAACCAAGGGUGCAACAACGGCGAAAACGACCGAAAUAACAACUACCAGCAUAUCCUGCGCCAAAAUUUUGUGAAAAGGAAACCAUCCAGGAUCAUCGAUAGCCCUCAAAAAUCCACCUAGUACCUUUCGAGCUGUCCUCAAGGUCGCGUGUGGAAAUAGGAAAAACCGUAAUGUCGCUUGCACGAGGGACAUCGUGCGAACCAGUUCCAAGCCAAGCCCAAAGAAUGUUUUAAUUGUCACAAAUGUGAUGAAAAAAGAAGACAUGCGAGGAAGCGAAUURCCCAACAUUUCAAAAGCUGCCUCUGGUGUCUCCACGAUGAUUGCAAUCGUGUCGAAAAYACUUCCCGCAAUCGUCGUGACUAAAAAGAUGUUGAGAACCUGAAAUAGAAAAUAUCGCGAGAAUGCUCUCAUCUGUACAUCACUGAAGCAAAUCAAUCCUUCCAAUUUUCCAAUUAUCAUGAAGAGAGGAGGGAGCAUUUGCUGGAUCAUCACAAUGCAAACUGGCUGCACAAGGGCUAUAACUGAAGAGAAGAGAGRCGUCGCCUGGUCAAGUUGUGCCAAGCGAGGAGAUGAAUUUAUCAAGGCUGUUUCGCUGACCAGCAAUGAUACAAGAGCGACGGGAAUAGUAUAGAAGGAAAUAAUCAAAAUGACAAGAAAUUCACCCAAGUAGGAACGAGUGCGCGUCGCGCCCUUGCUGACGUAAACAUUCUGCCAGAGAAUAUCUCUUGGUUCGGGUGCCGAGGUAACCUGCAUAGCACCGGGCUUAGACGAGUGCAUAGAUUGAAUUGCAAUGGUAGCUGCUGCAAAGGUACGCAUUACCACGAAUGCCUUAUCUGUGACCUCAUUUAUGUGAUCUUCAAUGUGGCCGUCUGAAUCCAAAGCUGCGGCAGACAGAAUUGGCCUUCCAAAGAAAGAUACGUCUCUACUCAAUCGCGAGUACCGUCGAAUCGCUGACUUUGCAGAUUUUCUUGGUGCAUCUUCAAAUCCAACUCUUUUCGCUCCUCGUUUUGGUUUCUGCUUUUUAUGUUCUCCCGGUCGAGGGCUUCGCGCUCUAAGAUUGGCUCCAAUGUUGGCUCCCGGAAUGGACUGGUUCUCCAUUCCGGCCAUGUCUUCCUUUUCCGGAGGACUAUACUCUUCCGUUCUGGCGGAUGAAGCAGCAUCAACUUGUUUGAGUCCUAGUAGACGGCGUUGGUUUGGGUCGUGUUCUAUAACAAAAGGACUGGCCAGUAUGUAAUCGAUUUCCUUUCGCCCUUCCCCCGCCUCCAUCCUGUCCAUUUUUUUCAUAACUCGCAGUCUUCGUCGCUGUUCCUGCUCAAUCUCGCCAUUGAGUUCCUCAAGUUGAGUAUAGAGUGUGGCAAAUCGUUCCUGACUUCCAUUCACGAUUCCAUAAUCUUCCAACUUUCCGAGAAACCGGAAGGCCGUAGCCGAGUGUGAYGAGUUUUCAAACAAACGAGCCUUCUCUUUGCGGCACAAUAAUAACAGUUCUUGCUC